GCCAUGACUCGCAAGCGUGUACACCCGAAGGCAGGAAUCCUUGCCUGACGGUACCCAACUUCCUCCUCCAUCUCACCUCGAGCUUGGGUAUUCUGAAAGGUGUCUUGGAUAUGCAUCGUAACCUGGGUCGCGUUCUCCUCCGCGGACGAGCAGGACGGUCCCUGAGGUAUUCGUCUACCGUUUCAGAGUCGACGUCUCGUCCAUCAGCUUCCCUUCGGACUGCCCCAUCCACACGCUACACGACUGUAAGCCACCCAGAGGACGCGUCCAGUGUUCCAGCAUCUGUCAAAGCAUUACUAGAUCGUGCAAAUGCAUAUGUGCUACCGGUGUAUGCUAGGCCUCCGUUCAUUUUGUCACAUGGUAAAGGGGCCUAUGUUUGGGAUACCCAGGGCCGAAAAUAUCUAGAUUUCAGUGCUGGUAUUGCUGUGAAUGCGUUUGGACAUGGGGAUGAGGGUCUUGCGGAGGACAUACGUGGAGCAACGAGAUGCUGAUGAAAUUCUUCCUUCACUAUUGGGUAUCCAUUUACUCGGUCGUGUGUGUUGCUUUUUUUAUUAUAGGUCAUGGCUACCGAAGCGAAGAAGCUGCUACACACAAGUAAUGCAUUCCACCACCAAUGGAGUCCUAAACUCGCCGAGCUUCUGGUAACAUUGACACAACAAGAGGGCGGCUUAGGUUGGGAGACUGGCACUCCUCUGAACCCUCCAAACGGUACAACAACAACACACGGUGCAAAAGUAUUCUUCUCCAACUCAGGAACAGAGGCCAACGAAGGCGCACUCAAGAUCGCACGGUUUGUGGGGAAAGAAAGGUGGGCCGCAAAGACGUCGGGCAAGACGUGGGAUGAUCCCUCGUGUGACAAAUACGAACUUGUCUGUUUUGAGCACGCCUUUCACGGUCGUUCUAUGGGUUCCUUGAGCGUGACCAUGAAUCCAAAGUAUCAGAAGCCAUUCGAGCCUUUGCUCCCCGGAGUGAAAGUCGGCAAACUGAAUGUAUCCGAGGAUCUGGACAAGCUGGUCACUGAGAAGACUGCAGCGGUUAUUUUGGAACCUAUACAAGGUGAAGGGGGCAUUAAUGUAGCGGAUAUCGAUUGGCUCCGAAAGCUGCGAAAGAGAUGCGACGAGACCGGAGCCGUUCUCAUCUUUGAUGAAAUUCAGUGUGGACUUUUCAGGACUGGCACCUUGUGGGCACAUUCUGCGUAUCCCGUGGAUUGUCAUCCCGACGUAAUCACGAUGGCAAAGCCUUUGGCGAACGGAUACCCUAUAGGCGCCGUGUUAUUGCGGGAUAGCAUUGCAGAGCCUAUGACAGCUGGUACUCAUGGGACCACGUUCGGCGGAUCGCCGUUAGCCUGUGCGCUGGGCCACUAUGUCCUGUCGCGCCUGUCUGAACGAGCGUUUGUGCGCCACAUCGAGGAGACGAGCGGGUACUUGGAAGAGCGACUAAGUUUGUUGCCCCAGUGGUUCCCCGAUGUGCUUCUUCCGAGCAUCCGAGGCCGGGGGUUCAUUCGCGGGCUUGGAUUCAAGAAUGUAGCGCACCCGGGACGAUUGGUGGAGAUGGCCAGGGAGCGAGGAGUGCUUAUACUGAGUGCGGGCAAGGACGCGGUGCGACUUGUUCCCAGCUUGAAUGUGGGACGGGAAGAGGUGGAUUUGGCAGUGGAUGUGCUUGAGAGCUGCCUGGCGAACAUUGCAAGCGAGUCGUGAGAAGAAGCGACGUGGUGAGAAGCCUUGUGCUACUGGGGAGGGUGGGGAAUGGAAAUAGCGUCGAAGCAGUGCCUGUGUAGUGUAUUGCAAGAGCUAUUGCAAGAUAGACUCUGCUUCGAAUCCAGGGCAUCUCCGCGCAGCCA